AUGAAGAUGAAGAUUGGUAAGGCCCCAGUGCUCCUGAAGAAGGCGGCGGCUAUCUGCAAAGGCAAGACUGGCGUCAUCAUGGCCAGGCUCCUCGACCUCGCCUCGACCCACGGCAGGAUGGCCACGAUCGGGGCCAUCUCUCACAGGGUCCACACCCUCAUUGUGGCCAGUCAGGAGAAGGGUGCCAAGGUGGACCACCACAAGACUUUGGUCCGCAAGAUCGAGAGGCAGAGAUGCCAUGGGAUGGUUGAUGGUCUGUGUCACCAUUUAGCACUGUUUGAUCAAGAUGACGGUGUUGGUGGCUGUCCUAACUGGACACUGCACCCCAUCUUCAGCGACGAUGACAAUCGUUAUUACAGUGAUGAGUCCGAGGAUAAUGAUGGAGUUGAGGCCUCGGUGAUGGAUGCUAUGAGGAGCAAUGAGGAGGCUGAGGAGCUGGCAUUCAACAUGGACAACGAUAUCGACCAGGCUGCCGAAAUGUUCAUCAGAAGGUUCCGCUGA